AUGGCCUCGACAGCUUCAAAGGGGCUAGAGGAGCUCAGCUCUUUGAUCGAUAGCUCUGUCGCCCUCAUACAGAGCCUCGAGACCUCUCUUAAAGAUGUCGUCGACUCCAACAGUGACUCAGGCUCAUCCGCAGACAAAUGGGCCGCCUCGAGGCUCCCAGACGAUGGCUCGAAACCUGUGGACUGCCUAGCCCUCGCUAGAGACUCAGCAACCCUAGUCAAGGCUCAUGCCACCAAGAUAUCUCUCUUCAUUAUCACGGAGCCCUUCACGCCAUCCGCUAUCUUGACAGUGCUGAGGCAGCUCAUUCAGGAGCCCAUCCCAGCUGUUGCCUCGGCCGUUCAACUGUGUCACGCCGACUCUUACACAAGGCUCAUCCGCCGGGAUCUGGCGUGGAGAUGUGGUCGGAUUCUCAAGGAGACGAGGGAGCUCAUCCAGAAAAUCCCAAAGGACGGCAAGGUUCUGCCACAAGAGAAGCGGGAUGGGCCCCAAAGUGCAAAGGGAGCCAAAGGCAGCAUCAUGGCGACCGGCGUGCUGUGGAGUGUUUGUGACGAGGUCAUCAACUUCGCCAACCUCGGCGUAGUGGGCCAUCUUGUCCAGAGGGCUGAGCACUUCAGGGACACGCUCAAGGACGUGAUGGAGGAGCUCAAGGAGUGGUCUGAAGAGCAGGACGAAGAGGAUGAUGACGACGACGACGACGACGAGUCAGACGAUGCUCACGGAGUACAAGACCAAGACGUCCAAGAUCUGGCUGAGGGUGUGAGCAAUACCCACAUCAGCACUCAGGCCAUGAUUGACGACCUCAUGAAUUCUCACACCACCAUCCCCCGCGACGACCCCGACAAGAUCAGGGACAGGCUCGAUUCGACCUUGCGCAGGCUACGGCUCACGGUGCUGCUCUUCCAGGCCCUCAUCAAGCGAAGGCUCAAGACACUGCCUAAGCUGCCACUGGCUUCGAAGGAUGACUCGGUGGUCGUCUCCCGACUGGACGAAGUACUCCCUCUUCUCAGAAAUAUGGCAGACCGGUUUAACAGUCUUGCCGUCGCAUUCUACGACCUCGACUCGGCAGAAAUCACCCGCCUUAUGGACCAGUGCUUCUUCGAUGCCUUUGCGGUCUCGGAACUUCUGGCCAAGCCAUGGGCUGGCCAGAAGGAUGAGUUUACGGACUGGGUUGCGAAGUUCCAGGUUGAGAUCAAGAAGAGUUGA